CUCAGACCCCUCAGUGUUGUCAGGCAAAAUAUAAGACAGCAGUAGCAGCAGAGAUCUGCAAUAGAUAAACACAUAGACUCAUACACACACACAUCAGCUGGAUUGCUCGCAGACACACACCACAAGCACAGAGGGACGGGCGCUGUAGAAUUUGGGGAAUCGUGGCUCUGCUUUCUCUGACAUCCGAUUUUAAUGGGCGUAUUGUCAUCUAUCAUUUCAGAUAGAAAACAGCCGCCGAGAGACAGGGGCAGGUGUGCCCUUUAAGAGGGGGAGCAGCUGAGGCAAGGACGGCAUCCUAGUCUCCAUCCUCUGUGGAGGUUUGGCAGCCCUGAAGAGCGCACGAAAGAGAGGCGGUCGGCCAAAGCUCUCCGGUUUUCUGUUCUCGUUCCUUCCACCUGGAAAUAGGCUGCGAUGGUUGGCAAUAUUCAAAGGCCCAAACCUGUCUGAGUGAGCCCUAUGAACAGCAGACCCAAUGGACAUCAAAGGCCAGUGUUGGACAGACGAGGAGUCGGAUGGGGAAAACGAGUCGGAACAGUUCCUGUACGGCAUUCAGGGGAGCUGCGCUGCUGACCUGUACCGCCACCCUCAACUGGAUGCAGAUAUUGAGGCCGUAAAAGACAUCUACACUGACAGCGCUGUCUCUGUUAGGGAGUAUGGAACCAUUGAUGACGUGGACAUCGAUCUUCAUAUUAACAUCAGUUUCUUAGAUGAGGAGGUUGCGACAGCUUGGAAAGUUAUCAGAACAGAGCCCAUUAUUCUGAGACUGCGCUUUUCUCUUUCUCAGUACCUCGAUGGACCUGAGCCGUCAGUAGAAGUGUUCCAGCCCUCCAAUAAAGAAGGCUUCAGCUUGGGCCUACAGCUUAAAAAGAUCCUGAGCACGUUCACCUCACAGCAGUGGAAGCACCUCAGUAAUGAGUUCCUCAAGGCCCAGCAGGAGAAGAGGCACAGCUGGUUCAAAGCCGGAGGAACCAUCAAGAAGUUCCGCGCCGGGCUCAGCAUCUUCUCCCCCAUACCCAAGUCUCCAAGUUUUCCACUGAUCCAAGACACAGUUUUAAAAGGGAAGCUGAGUGUGCCUGAGCUGAGAGUGACCCGCCUGAUGAACCGCUCUAUCUCGUGUACCAUGAAGAACCCCAAAGGGGAGCUCUUCAGCUAUCCACCAAACAGCCAGACUGUGGCUGUCCCGGCGGCCAGGGCCCCUGCGCAGAUUACCACGAGGCAGCUGAUUGAAUUGUUUUUCUCAUCCCAGGCGGGCGGCCACUGCAAGAACAUCCCUACCUUGGAGUAUGGCUUCUUAGUGCAGAUUAUGAAGUACUCAGAGCAGAGGAUCCCCACGCUCAACGAGUACUGCGUGGUGUGUGACGAACAGCACGUCUUUCAGAAUGGAUCCAUGCUGAAGCCGGCUGUGUGCACCAGGGAGCUGUGUGUGUUCUCUUUCUACACUCUGGGUGUGAUGUCUGGAGCUGCAGAGGAAGUGGCCACCGGAGCAGAGGUGGUCGACUUACUUGUGGCUAUGUGUCGAGCUGCCCUCGAGUCACCCCGUAAGAGCAUCAUCUUUGAGCCCUACCCAUCAGUCGUUGACCCCAAUGACCCCAAGACUCUGGCCUUCAACCCAAAGAAGAAGAAUUAUGAAAGACUGCAGAAAGCACUGGACAGCGUCAUGUCCAUUCGGGAAAUGACCCAGGGCUCAUAUCUAGAGAUCAAGAAACAGAUGGACAAACUUGACCCUUUGGCCCAUCCACUGCUACAGUGGAUUAUUUCCAGUAACAGGUCUCAUAUCGUCAAGCUGCCGCUGAGUAGGCAACUGAAAUUCAUGCACACCUCCCACCAGUUCCUGCUGCUCAGCAGCCCCCCGGCCAAGGAGGCUCGUUUCCGCACUGCCAAGAAGCUUUAUGGCAGCACCUUCGCCUUCCAUGGUUCCCAUAUAGAGAACUGGCACUCUGUUCUGAGAAAUGGACUAGUCAAUGCCUCUUAUACCAAACUGCAGCUGCAUGGGGCAGCGUAUGGAAAGGGCAUCUAUCUGAGCCCCAUCUCCAGCAUAUCUUUUGGAUACUCAGGAAUGGGGAAAGGACAGCACCGCAUGCCCACCAAAGAUGAACUGGUGCAGCGUUACAACCGCAUGAACACCAUACCACAGAGCCGUCCAAUACAAUCAAGGUUUCUCCAGAGUCGAAAUCUGAACUGCAUCGCUCUGUGUGAAGUUAUCACAUCUAAGGAUCUGCAGAAACAUGGUAACAUCUGGGUGUGUCCAGUAUCCGACCACGUCUGUACUCGCUUCUUUUUUGUGUAUGAGGACGGCCAAGUAGGAGAUGCCAACAUUAACACCCAGGAGCCUAAGGUGCAGAAGGAGAUCAUGCGUGUGAUUGGGACCCAGAUCUACUCCAGCUAAUGGCGGUUCUCCAUACGUCUCUCUGGCGGAGGCACGCAGGCAGGCAGACAGCGAAUGUUUGGGCGGGCUGACCUCGGGCCUUGUACCGAAGGCCAGGGGAGCUCUUGAGCACAUUAUUUCUAAAGUUGUUCUCUUCCAGUCUUCUCGUUUUCCUCUCCCUUUCUUUGUUCCUCUUCGCAAAGUGGUUACACAUCACAUGUUCAUUUAACCUUCAGUUAGGUUUAACCUGGUUAAAGUCUGUCUGCUUUUAUGUCAUUUACAACAGAAGUCAAACACCUUGCUGAAGAAAAAAAGGAAGUAGUCACUGUUAUGGCUCCACACACACACACACACACACACACACACACACACACUCCUUUCUUGCUGCACUUUUACUGAUCCUCUGGACUAAUUAUCUCUAUUUAUCAUUUCUCUUUGUGAAUAUCUAGUUAAAAAAAGAAAAAAGGAAUCAUUCCACACCAUAAUUAGAUCCCUUUGUGGCAAAUAAGUGAUGGAUUUACAUGCACAUAGAAGUUUGUUCUCUUAUUGUGUUUGCAAAGGCAUUAUCUCUGAUCCGUUUAUUUAAUAUUCUUUGACUAAUGACAUGAAUUAAGGUCUGUGACAUGGUUAUCUGAGGGGCAAGCAGCGCUCUGUCAUUUUGUCCUUGUUCGCUCCCAGAAUCUAAUAAGCGAGGUGUGGCUUGAACUCAACUUUACAUACACUAUAGGCACUUUGUUUUUGAUGAUAUUAUCAAAUGUAAAAAAAAAACAAAAAAAACCCAAUCCAGCCAUUGAAGGUAUUAUGAUUUUUCUUUCAUUACAGAAUUACGACAGUCCUGAUUGAUUAUGCACUUUCAAAACCUCACAGCCUCCAAAUGUCAUACAGGAAUUUAAAAAAAAAAAAAUAUCUGACUGGACAGAAGUGACAUGGCAGGUUCAACAACAAGCAUCAUAAAAUAAAAAAAACAGUUGAUUUAAUCUGUGGACAUGUUAUAUCUGUUGUGUUAUGUUUUGUGUUAAAAAAAAAAAAGACCACAAUCUGUCGUACAUUAUCGUUUUAUUGGCAUAGCCAUCACUUUUUCUUUAGGUGAUGGAUAUCUCAUUUCCAGAUCAGUCUCUUUGUGUAUGAACUACACUUCCCAUUGGAUUCACAAUUUACAAAAUCUACUGUACAGAAAAUCAUGGAUAAUUUUCCCAAACUAUCUACUGACAGUAUCCAGUCCAGGUGAGCUCACAUCCUCCCAGCCCCACCCUGAUGGACACUGGAUGUUAAAGAUCUGCAUUAAUGUGCAACUCUAUGGUUUCACCUUGGAGGACGGCAACCUUGUAUAGCUAAUCAAGUUUAUCAGUUAGUCAUGUACUGUAUGUAUGUAUGUACGUGUGGGUUUGUAUUUUCUUGACAUUAUACUAGACAUUGCACUUAUUCAACGUUUGCCUAAACUGGAGAAUCGGACUGUCCUCGAACCUGCAGUAGACGGGUAGUGGAGGAAAAGUGGUGGAAAAAAAGUAUUUAUGGAGUCAGCAAGACUAUAAUAUCCAACAUUUUAACCAUGUCUGUACUGAGAUGGGCUUUCAGUGUCUCCUGGAACUAAAACCUCUGACUGCUGAAUGGACUUUGAGGCACUGAAAGAGAGCGAAUUGUAAAUAAGGACAUUGGAGACGUCAUUGAAAUGUAUUGCCCCAGAAAGAAGUGGACAUGUGCAGCUUUCUCAUUGUGUCGCGGGGACUGUGCUUAUAGCUGAUGCCUGUUUUUGCCAAGAGGUUUAAGCUGUGAGUCUCUUUGAGAAUCUGUUCUCUGGCUGUCUGUCUCCGGUGACUAAUGUUGUCAGAGAUGAUGUUGACGACAAUGAUGGUUAUUAUGACGAUGAUUAUGAAAGGCGACGAUGCAGGAAAAAAAAAGAAUAAAGCCUGAUUUUGCACAGUUUUACAUACGGUCUCCUUUUCUUUGAAGUCUCAGUGGAAAAUAAGUGUGGCUAUUAAAUGUAGAAUAGUCUCUUGUGGUUGAAGCUUUGUGCAAGCACUUUUGGCAGAAGGGGGCACCAUUACUCCACCGACAUAUGUGGACCACCUGAGUUCUCUGUUCUAUUUGAAGUCCAGUCUGAGAAUCAAACCAGACUUUAACACCUAUAAUCAUGGAAAGAUGGGGCGUCGGUGGCUUAGUGGUAGAGCAGGCACCCCAUGUACAAGGCUGUUGCCUCAGCUGCCUGGGUUCGACUCCAGCCUGUGGCUCUUUGCUGCAUGUCACUCUCUCUCUCUCUCUCUCCCCCUUUCACACUUGUCUGUCCUAUCAAAUAAAGGCUAAAAAUACCCAAAAAAUAUCUUUAAAAAAAAAAAAAAAAUCAUGGAAGGAUUAUUGAAUGGGCCCACAGGGCACAGGCCUAGGGGCCCAAAGUAUCAGGCCUGAUAUUCAUCUGCAAAAACACUCAAAUAUCAACCAGCAAGAGAAUCAAAAUGACCACAAAGAGAAAGAAAAAUACCUUAAAGAGAUGCAAAGGAACUGCAAAAACACAAUAACUACAAGAAAUGGGCAAAACAACCACAGAGACACACAACUACUAAAAAAACGACCUCAAAGAGACACAAAUCCACAAAAAGGUGCCAAAGACAUUAAACAACAACAACAACAACAAAUAAAAGCAAAACCAGUACAAAGUAUGUG